AUGGACCAGAUCAGCGCGGCGACUGAGGGGGCACCCAAAUCAGUGGAAGAUCUCCGUGUUAUCUUGCAGGGCGAUACCAAGGUCAAAGUAGCAGGUUUGUCGCACUUACUUACUCUACUCGUAGGCGUAGAUGUCGAUGGGAUCCUUCGAGGAAAGUACAUGUCCAAGGACAAGUUCUUGAGCGCUGCAUCUGGCGGAUUCGGUUUCUGCAGUGUCGUAUUUGGUUGGGAUAUGCACGAUACGGUUUACACUCGCGAACUCUCUAUAUCCAACAGACAAAAUGGAUAUCGCGAUGUGCUAGCUAAAAUAGACUUGUCCACAUACCGUAGGAUUCCCUGGGACAACAAUACCCCUUUCUUUCUGGUCUCUUUCUUCGACCCUGUCACACUGGAGCCUCUCCAUGCUGAUCCACGCAGCCUACUUCAUACAACCUGUGAACUCGCUGCUGCCCAGGGUUUCAGUUGUAUGGCCGGCGUGGAAUAUGAGUACUUUAACUUCAAAGAGACACCGGAAUCUGUUGCUGAGAAGCGAUUCACACACCUAUCACCUCUGACCCCAGGGAUGCACGGAUAUUCUCUCCUUCGUACUCAGCUUAACCAGGACUAUUUCAACGAGUUGUUUGAUGAGAGCCUCAAGUUCCAGAUCGACGUUGAGGGUCAUCACACCGAAACGGGUCCCGGUGUGUUGGAGACAGCUUUGGCCUACACUUACGCCCUACGCAUGGCCGAUAACGCCAUACUCUAUAAGUUCCUCGCCAAGAGCAUUGGAAUGAAGCACCAAGUAUUGCCAAGUUUCAUGGCAAAGCCUUGGGGUGAUCUACCAGGUUGCAGUGGGCACACGCAUGUUUCCCUAAGGGACCCCUCCGGAAGGAAUAUCUUCGCCUAUUCUGAGGGUUCAGAUGGACGGGCUGAUGCAGCCUUCGAGGACACCAAAUUCCUCAGUUUCAUUGGAGAACAAUUUUUGGCGGGUGUACUGGAUGGCCUCCCGGAAGUGAUGCCGAUGCUUGUUCCAACAAUCAAUGGGUACAAACGCCUCGUCGGAGGUGAAUCAUUCUGGGCUCCAAACGGGGUAACUUACGGCUACGAUUCUCGAGCCGUGUCCAUUCGUAUAAUAUCACCCCCUUCAGUUCCACCGUCUGCAACAAGAUUUGAAGUCCGUGUACCCGGAGCAGACAUGAACCCAUAUCUGGUGUUGAGCGCCAUUUUUAGGCUGGGUUUGAGGGGAAUUACGCAGAGACUGAAACUAACCACCCUGCCGAUUAGCACUUAUCUUAAUGAUCCCUCUCGCAAGGGCGAGGUUGUCAUGUUACCAACUUCUUUGGAGGACGCGACCACAAAGAUGAUGCGGCCUGGCAGUGUCGCACGUGAGGUAUUUGGCGAUCAAUUCAUUGACCACUUUGGUGGGACCAGGGAGCACGAAGUCAAAUUGUGGAACGCAGCCGUUACAAACUGGGAAGUGGAAAGAUACCUCGAGCUUGCGUAAAAGAAUUGAAUAAAUGAAGUGCAAUC